GUUGUGAGACACAGCUCGUGGGUUACGGUUUCCCAGUUCCGAUUUUUCAAACGAAAGUUGUUCUAUUUUGUUUGACAGUCGUUUGUUUACGUUUACUGUGAGAACUUGAAGUACUUUUAUCGACGCGUGUAGUAAUCACGGUUGUUAGGUACUUUGUAGUUGUUAUCGAUGUUUUAAAAUUUUAUCGAUUGUGUAGUGUUAUUUCGAUUUAGUUUAACGUUACGGCGUUGUGUGUUGGUAAAUAAAGACUUUAUUACUAUGACUUUGAGUUAAAACUACAACUUAAUACCAGUGAAAACAUUUGAAACAUUUACAAGUGAAGAUAGAGUAUGGGUGCCCUAGAUUGCAUGUCAAGCGGAAAAAUGCAACUAGCUGACAGUACAGAAGUGUUCGCCAUCAGUACAUCAUCGAAUACUACUUUGAAUGAACCGAGGAAAGACGUGGAGUCACAGAAAGAAGGCACAAAACGACAUAGCUACUGGUGGACACUACUGAUUGACGUUCCUCUACUAUGUGUCGUCCUGGCGCUCAUCGGUCUCUUUGAGCUGGGUUUCAUCCCGAGUCACAAGGCUGGCUUCGUGUGCGGCGACCCAUCCUUGUCGUUCCCUUUCAACGGUGACACAGUCUCUACGGGCGUCCUCAUAGCCGUGAUAUUCUUCGCUCCCAUUGUAGUGAUGUUCAUCACCGAACUCGUCUUCACAGACUCGGACUACUCUCACAAAGCGAGGCUCCACCAAGCCUUCAUCAAGUGCCUCCUGGUAUACAAAUGCUACAUCUACGGGCUGAUCUUCAACUUCGUCGUCAUUGAGGUCAUGAAAGGCCUCGCAGGCAGCCCCAGGCCUACCUUCUUCGAUCUGUGCGAGCCGGAUACUGCUAAGACUUGCAAUGGAAAUGAAUUCGUAACUACUUACACAUGCACAUCGAAGAGAUUCUCCUGGUGGAUGCAGAAUGAUGCCCACCACAGCUUUCCUUCAGGCCAUACCUCAUUGUCUGUUCACUGCGGUCUAUUCAUUGCGUGGUACGUCCAAAAGAGGGCUUUCGACUGGCGCCACCGCACCGUCUUCGUGGUCCCCUGCAUCCAGUUCGUUGCAGUCAGCUUCGCAGCCUUGGCUUCCUUGUCCCGGAUCACGGACCACAGGCACCACUGGUGGGACGUCCUCGCCGGGUUCUUCAUUGGUUUUGCCACCUUUUUCUAUGCGGCGGUAGUCCUUUGCAAGAACUUCUCAAGAACAAGCAACAAAGAAGAAUCCUCUCCCACCCAGUCCUCCGUCAGGACUUUGGUAUACGACUCACAAACAAGCGUAGGAUCGCCUUGACAAUAUAAUUAAAUUGUAGGUAAAUUAAUCAAUUAAAGACUUGAGAAGACUGUAUCAUAGAUCAGUGAAGCAAUUAAGAAUAUUGCGAUGUGAUACCUUUGAAAGGGCAUUUCUCAAUAAUGUAGUGUAGGGCUAAAUAUUUCUUAUGUACUGUCAGCGACAAAUAGUUCGUGACACCCAAAGUAUCCAAAAAGUUCGGGUCCGUGGCCGAGUCCCCCAGUAUUCGACGCACCCGUGGUUGAAGCCCCCGAUUUCAAUAAAUUUAAUAUCAUAUUUUUUUCGGCUUUUGCACUAAGUACAGUCAACGAAAACCAUGCAUGUUUGACGCUAUUUAAAAUGAUGUAUUUAAUUUUUUGUUAGAUAUACUUAAAACUUUUAUAAUUAAAACUUUUAUUUGUAGUUAGUUAAAUGUAGAGAGAGUAGAGUUAUUUUAAAGACUGAUUGUUACAAUUAUUUUGAUUAGGUAAAACGAUUUACAUGUUAUUAUAGGUAAAUAAAACCUAUGAUAAAAUAUGAUAGGUUAAAAUAAAACCUAUUAUAUUUUUGGGUAUCACUAUGGUAAAAUAAUAUUAAACAUUUAUUUGUACGAUCAGUAUAAAUAUUUAUUCGUUUAUAAAUAUUUUUGUGACUGACUGUACAUUUGAUUAAAAAUUGCUUCUAUCUGACCGGGGGCGUCGACCACGGGUGCGUCGAACACAGGGGGACUCGGCCACGGACCCAAAAGUUGGGUCCGCAAUACCUACGAAUAAGGUUGUGUUGUCAACUUUUUGAUCACUUUGGAUGUCACGAACUAUUUGACACUAAGGCUGGGUUGCACCAUCUUACUUUAACUUUAACAAACGUCAAAAAUCUGUCAAACUCUUACAAAAAACACCAGUUGUCGUUAUAGUUACGGUCAAAGUUAGGUGGUGCAAGUCAGCCUAACUAUAGUGGUAUUUUAAAUACGCAAGGGCGGACUUUGGCAGUUAAAAUAUUAACCUACUUACUAUCAUCUAAUAUGCGCUAUUGGUAAAAAUAGCUAUGCUAGAAUGAUCUGUUCAUCAUAACAAAAUCAUACUCUUCAACAAAAUGUCAAACAUUAUGCCAGUCUUCACAAGAAAAGUGUGUAUCAACGUGCGAAUAGCUUUAAGUUAUUAUUAAUACUGCGGCUAUAGUUUUAGGAUAUUUAUUUAAUUUAAUGUAAAUAAUGUAAUGAACGGUCAGUAUUGAAUUUAAUGUAUUUUUUAUACAUCAGUAAUUUUUAUACAGAAGUUCACCGAGUCUCAUACAAGACAUGAGAUAUUGAUGAAAAUGCAACUUGUAAAUAGAUGGUGCCAUUAAUUUUAAUCUACUACAGAUAUUAAAAUAUUGUUAAAAAA